GAUGCCGAUGGGCACCAGAAACACGCUCGCAGCAUCACCGGGCGGAUUGCCCGGCUUGGCCGUGCAGGACGCUGGCAGCAGGCACUGCAGACUCUUCGACGAUACCAGGAGCUGCAGGAUGUCGACGUGCAGAUGUAUGGUGCACUCUUGGGAGCACUCUCGCGCGUUGGUCUGUGGGAGCAGGCACUUGGUAUCAUGCAAGAGUUGGAAGAGCGAGAAUUGCAGCCGAAUGCAGUGGCCUGCGGAGCGCUCCUCCGUAGCUGCAAGCAGCAGGGGCACUGGCAGGAAGCGCUGCAACUUCUGGCGACCUUCAAGGCGAAGGUGCCCUUGACUUUACGACUCUCCAGUGAGCUCAUCAACGUGUGUGCGCAGGCUUCGCAAUGGCAAACUGCUUGUGCAGCUCUUGCGCAGCUGCAGAGCCAAGGACUAGACGCAGACGCUGUGGCCUUCAAUUCGGCCAUCGCUGCCUGUGCACGAGGUUUCGCUUGGGCAGCGGCUCUGAAAGUGCUUGAAGAGAUUGGAGAACCUGAUGAGGUGAGUUUCACUGCAGUGAUCAAUGCCUGUGAGAAAGGUCAUGAAUGGGCCUUGGCCUUGAAGAUCUUCGACUCCAUGAGCUCAGGGAGUUUGAUGUCUCGCAUGAGCCGGAAUGCAGCUAUCAGCGCUUGUGAGAAAGGUUCUGCUUGGAAGGAGGCACUCCUGUUGCUGGAUCUGGGCAGUGCUGAUGUGGUUGGCUUCAGUGCUGCCAUGAGUGCAUGUGCCCGUGCCACACAUUGGCAGGAGGCCUUGGAGUUGCUCACAAGUCUGGAGAAGAAAGAGCUGCAGCCAGACCUCGUUGCCUACAGCACGGGAGUUUUUGCCUGCGAGCAGGCAGCCUGCUGGCAAGGUGCCUUGGAAUUGCUUUGUCCUGACCCAGUAGCCUACACAUCCUGCAUUGGUGCAUCUGCCUUUGCUCAGAAGUGGGAAAUUGCGGCUCACUUGUGGGGUCAGUUACAAGAACAUCCCCGUUUGAAGCCCACGGCAAUGAGUUAUGCUGCCGUGGCCUUCGCGCAUGGCACGGCGCGACGCUGGCAGCAGGUCCUUGAGCUUCAGGUGCAAGUGAGGAAGCUUGGGUGGUUGCCCAGCGGCAUGUACUCUGCAGUGGUCAGAGGUCUUGGUGGUGCCUUCCAGUGGGAGAAGGCACUAGCGCUGCUUCCAGAGAUGCAUCAUGUGGGCCCUGCGCCGGACACUGUAGUCUAUGGCAGCCUCCUUGCAGAAUGCGCACGUAGCUGGCAGUGGAGCCACGUGUUGGUGCUCCUGGAUGCCAUGACUAGAAGCUGGACCAUGCCUGAUGCAGUGGCCUACUCCUUGCUGCUGAGCACCUGCUCUCGAGCGCAGCAUUACUCGAAAGCCCUACCAUUUCUACGCCCACGCCGCCUCCGGCUUGCUGCCGCUGCGGCGAUGGCAGCACACUCCGUGGCCGUGCGAGCCAAUGCUGCUGGCUGGCGUAUGCUAGGUGAUAUCGCCCAGCUCGCUCAGUUGCCAGAGUGGCAACAGCGGAGUCAGGUCUCAGCUUGA